AACAAAUAAUUUAUGUGAUCCAAUGCGAUGUAUGGAUUUAAAUAAUAGCAACGCUUUGGAUAGACGAAUUGUAGAAGUGAAAUCGCAUUUAUCUGUUCAGUUAUCUCUCUUUCAAUAUUUGUUGUUUACAAGUUUAAACAUUACUAGUUCUUCUGCGCAUGUGCGACGUUAAGAGAGUUAUAAAUAGGCCGACUUUGCAUCCAGAUGACGAAGCGAUUUGAGAAUAUAUAUAUUAAAGUCAGAGAAACUGUUCAGCAGACGAUUAAAAUAGUUCUGAUAUAAUCUGUAAUAUUCCAGAGUUAAAACCGCGUGCGUGGAAAUGUCGAAUUUGCAAACAGUACACAACGGCGUCGGUGCCCCCAACCGAAAGUUGAACCAAUUCGGCGACUAUGAGGACGUCACGAACAUGUCGGUGGACGACUGGGACUAUCGCUGGUCCCUUAACCAGACUAAGUUUCACAUGCCCAAAGUGCAUCCAAUGCUCCAGAAGUAUAUAGACAAGCUUCUUAACGGGAAGAACCGACAGACUGUGUUCGUCGCUCUUUGUGGAAAGACGCUAGACAUGAAAUGGUUACUGGAUCAAGGUCACGAGGUGGUAGGUAAUGACUGUGUGGACAGCGCGUGCCGCCAGUUCUUUGAGGAGAACAACAUCCCGUACACCUCUCAUCCGCUAGAUGGCGUGGAUGGGGCGCUCUAUACCGCAACAGAUGGUUCAUCUAUCAAGCUUUACAGAUGCGAUUGUUUUGAGCUACCAAAAGUAAUGAAGGAGAAGGUCUCAUGCAUAUGGGACCGAGGCGGCUUCGUGGCACUUCCGGUAAAAGAAAGGUCAAGGUAUGCCCUGAGUCUCCGGGCUAUCAUGAAGAACGAUUGUCACUACCUGCUCGACUGCUUUCUACUUGACAACAGCAAGUUUGGUGGUCCCCCGUUCAACUGUGAUGAGAAGAACGUGGAGCAAGCCUUUCAAACUUUCUGCAAGAUCGAGAAGUUGGAGACCAGAGACGCCUUCACAAAGUGGCAAGAAUCCUGGGGCAUCAGCUCCUUUAUAGAGGAAGUCUACUUACUUCAUCCGAAAUAAACGUCACCCGAAUUUAAGUGUAAUGCCCCAUCCGAAAUAAAUGUUAUUUGAUGAAAGGUGUAAUAAACGUUAUGUGAACGUAUGUGAUCUGUUCCAUGAGAAAUCAAUGGCAUCCGCAUAUAGGUGACAUAUUUCUACGUUCUUAAAGAUACAUUGGAUCUGAGUAACUUGUGAAUUUCUUCAUGGAUUAUCAUGACUUUAUUUUGGUGUUGUCGAUGACCGUUGGUCUAAAUCCCUUUUCGCUGCUCUUCACCAGAAAUAAUACAUAUUGUUGUACAUGUACCGUUUGCUAUGAUAUCAAUGACUUAGAUACAGUUAACACAGUAUCUGAGAUCUUCAGAUCAGCUACUAGCAUAUUCACGAUUUAAAAAUUGAUAAGGGCCUGUUAAAAUAUUUAUUUUUGACAAAGUUCUCUUUGAAGUUAGAACAGAGCUGUUACAUAAGCCGGCCACUCAAGAGUCAAAACAAAACAAGUUCGAUAUAACAUUUUUGUUUUUAUUAUAUACCUGUUUAAUGCUUUUAACAAAAUACAGGUUGUAUCAAUCGUUGAAAUAAAAAAUCCCGUAUUACGCUACUCGCUGUUUCCAAUUCCGUAUUACCAUACUAGCCGGACUACUUCGACCCAUUUAAUGACGUCAUUAAUUACACGCACCGAAAAUAGAAAUAUUUUAUAUUACGAAAUAUAUGACUUAGUACAUCGUAUGACGUCAUUUCUGUGACAAAACACAAUAGUUUUAUCUAAACUCUGUAAGGACAUGUCAGACGUGGUGUUUUUUUUAACAGUAAACUAUGUGUUUAAAAACGUAUUUUGGAGUGUGUGUUUAUCAUGCAUAAAUGUAUAUUUCGAUAGGAAUACAAUAAAAUAGUGUGGUUUAAACUAAGUUUCGAUAAAGACAUGGAAGAAAAAAGUGGAAGUGCAUAUCGUUUAGACAUUUUUGUUAUAAACAUCGGAUUAAAGUUGUCAACUUAAUUGUUAUAAAAAUUGGAUUAACGAUGGCAUUAAGGUAAGCGUGUCGGAAACCUGUGUUUUCCCGGUUCGAAUGUUUACACGUUAAUUUACAUAAACUGUAUUCAUACGCGUCUUAAAUAAACUAUUGCGUACCGUUUUAGUCAUUGUUUUGUCAGUUUUGUUAAAUUAAAAAUUCAUUUGUUAACUGUUUUAGUUAGUUGAUGUAUAUAAUAAAAGGUAUUUUACGCUAGUCAAUUGUUCCAAGAGUUUGUAUCACUUUCGUGACUUGUGCUAUUUCGCAUCACACUUGAGGCUCCGCCUCUCGUGUGAUACGUCAUCACACAAGCCACUCGAGUGAUACAAACUCUUGGAACAAUUGACUUGUGUAAUAUUCCGUAUGUAUUGUCUUCUGUAUUAAAUUAACAUUUCUUUGUGUUUUAGUUGUUUGCACGAAUCUUUGUUGUUUAAUUUAUUUUUUAAUCCACGAACAUGUUCCACUGGCAUUCAAUGUUUAGAAAUUGACGCUAAUUGACGUUAAUUAGUGUACAAGGAGUACCGGCAGGUUGUGUGCUUCUUUGCUGUCUACAAAACACGCCAUGAUCGUCAUUCAUUUAAAUCAUUUUAUUGUUGUGUAAAUUUUUUUUGUAUAAAAUCUGUGUUUUACAAUUAAAUUGAAAUGCAUCAUACAGUC